AAUCGAGCUGGAGCUCGGAGUCGAGCUCGACAAAAAUGGUCGAGGAGUCGAGCUCGUUGCCACCCCUGGCCCCCUAGGCCUAUGAUUGGGCGGGCAUAUGGGGAACUCGAAUUAGUCGAUUCUCAGUCGUCAGAGCUUCUACGUUUCUACAGUUUUUGAAUACUUUGCCUCGAAUCUUUCUUUGAUACAGUUGACAGCUGCAAUAGUUUAAUGUCGAAUAGUGUGAGUGAUUGGUAAGUUGUGGAUAUCGGUUAGUAAUUUAGGUCAAAUUCAGUAGAAUUUUGGAUCGAGGAAAAGGGGUUUUAGAUGCAAACAAGGGGAAGACAGCAGAAUGAGGGGGCGCUAUUCAGGCGAUUCUUCUACCGGAAGCCGCCUGAUCGGCUUCUGGAAAUCUCCGAGAGGGUCUACGUGUUUGAUUGUUGCUUCUCCACUGAUGUACUCGACGAAGAUGAGUAUAGAACAUACCUGAAUGGAAUUGUAGCUCAGCUACAGGAUUGCUUCCCAGAUGCUUCAUUUAUGGUUUUUAAUUUCGAAGGAGAAAGGAGGAGCCAAUUAUCUGAUAUAUUAUCAGAAUAUGAUAUGACGGUAUUGGAUUACCCUCGGCUGUAUGAAGGUUGUCCACUGUUACCACUAGAGAUGAUCCAGCAUGUCUUGCGAUCUAGUGAGAGCUGGUUGUCGCUUGAAGGCCAACAAAAUGUGCUUUUAAUGCACUGUGAAAGGGGAGGAUGGCCUGUGCUUGCUUUUAUGCUUGCGGGCCUUCUUCUUUACAAAAAGCAGUUCACCGAUGAGCAGAAGACUCUUGAAAUGGUAUACAAGCAAGCACCCAGGGAGAUUCUUUAUCUUCUUUCUCCUCUGGAUCCCCAGCCAUCUCAGCUCAGAUAUCUUCAGUACAUCUCUAGAAGAAAUUUUGGGUCGGAUUGGCCACCAUCGGAUACACCUCUGGCUUUGGAUUGUAUUAUACUUAGACUUCUUCCUUUAUAUGAGGGUGGCAGAGGAUGCCGACCAAUACUGCGUGUAUAUGGUCAGGAUCCUUCUUCAGAAACAUCAAGUAGAAGUUCAAAGCUUUUGUUUACAACUUCUAAAGUGGGAAAACAUACUCGUGUGUAUCAAAAGGAAGAGUGUGAAAUAGUAAAAAUCGACAUCCAUUCCCGUGUUCAAGGGGAUAUUGUUCUUGAGUGCACCCAUUUGGAGGAUGAUCUGGUGAAGGAAGAAAUUAUUUUUAGAGUUAUGUUCCAUACGGCAUUUAUCAGGUCAAAUGUUUUAAUGCUGACCCGUGAUGAAGUUGAUGUUCUUUGGGAUGCCAAGGAUCAAUUUUCAGGGGAAUUCAAAGUAGAGGUACUCUUUUCAGAUGCAGAUUCAGUUCCAUCCAUCACCUCCAUGAAAGCAGUAAAUGAAGAUGGCAGUGAAGCCGAAAGUGUCACAGCUGAGGAACAUUUUGAGGCAGAAGAGAUCUUCAGCAGUGUAGUUGAUGGGCAGGAUGGCAAGCUGGAGCCUGAUAACCUUACACUUGUAUCUAGUUCGCAGGACAAAGUACCUCACAACCUUGAAGUUUCUAUUCCAUGUAUUAUCAGUACAGAAGAAAUCAUGAAAAUUUGGAGGUGGAUUCUAUUAUUGGCCUUAAACCCACUGAUAGGCCUUCAAAUGGCACUAACUACGCUUGGGUUCUUACUCGACGCGAUGGAAGAUCUUCUCGUGUAGGUUUACGUGAAGGUGAGAUGCUUAUUUACUAGUUCCUGUGAAUAACUCUUGUUUGGUAGGAUACUUGUGCAUAUCUUUUCUCGCAAAAUCAUAAAACCCAGCGCCAAAUGGGGAAUGUCUGACUUACACAUUAUUCAAGUGAGAGUUGUUCCAGCUUUGAGAUUGAUUGCUGGAGAAGUUCAGAAAUGCAUGACGUUGUUAGGCAUGAUGCUCAAUUGUGAAGGAAGAUUUUCCCUGGGGAGUUAUUGAGCUGUUGUUGCCACCCACUGAUUCUUUUUUCAGAUAAGUUCUCUCAACUAUAGAAUUCAUGAAAUGUGUUGAGGUUGCUCACGUGGGCUUGUACCUUAUGGAUCGUGAACUGUUGGAUUGACAUAUAAUGAUAUCAUUAUGUGUGAUUCAACGGCUCAGAACUCUUUGGAUUUUGAAUAUGAUGUUAUCAUCAUAUGUACUUAUAAAUAUUCUGUGAAUCUGAUAAAUUAAA